AUGCACAUGCUUUCUAAGGCAUCUACCAUCCUCGGGGCUACUCUCUUGGCUGCCAGUCUCGCUCUCGCGUCGCCGACCACUGCAUCGUCUCCUACACCUGUAUACCCUGUGCUUGCUGAUGUCGAGAGUGCGAAGUACACUUACAACAUCAACACGACGCUUCCCAGUCUCGAACUCCGUUUAAGACAACGUACUUGUUCGGGGUAUGACAUAGCAGCUUUUAGAACGGCUCAGGCUAUGCAGGGUUUCUAUUACAAUGCGACUGGGCAUUAUGAUGGAGGGGAGGCGUGGACUGAUGUCAACGCGGUGGAGGAUCUGUUGAAUCUCAUGCUCUACGAUGAUAGUACCGAGUUUGACGGCAUACCAGAGGCGAUCUUCACAUACUGGGACUCGUAUUUUAGGAGUGCUGGGGAGUACGAGGAUGUCCAGUGGGCUACACUCGCAUCGUUCAAGCAGUGCGACUACUUGGCAGCUAACGGUCGCGAUACCUCAGAAUGCUUGACCCGGGCCUUGACAUACUACAACUUCGCGGUUUAUAACUCCGCGUGGGACGCUGUAUGUGGUGGAGGUGUGUGGUCCUCCAGUGAAAAGACCUACAAAAAUACGAUCACGACCGAACUGUUCCUCUAUACGAGUGCGAGCGGGUAUGCGCGUACGGGUCAACCUGGUCUGCUCAGUAAUGCGAAGUUGGCUUGGAGCUGGUUGAACUCAACUGAUCUGAGAAACCCUCAAGGCUUGUACAACGACGGGCUCGAUACUUCUACGUGCACCAACAACGGCGAAACUGUAUGGACUUACAAUCAGAUGGUCAUUGCUGCAGGCCUCGCUUCGCUCUAUGAUGCCACAGGUGACGAGAGUUACUUGACCGUAGCCCAAGUGUCUAUCGAUGCAGCUAUCCGCAGCUUGGAGAAUCAUGGUAUUCUCAAAGAGUCAUGCGAUUCUACGAGGGGAGAUACGACGUGUACCAGUGACGAGCAAAUGUUCAAGGGCAUCUUCAUGAAACACCUCCAGUACUUCCUAGACAUGGUCAACGACCCCACCAUCACAGAGAAAUAUGUCCCAUUCAUCCAAUCCCAAGGUUCCGCCGUCGUGCGCUACGCAACUGGGCCUGGGUAUAGAGUCGGGUCGGUCUGGUAUGGUCUUGAAGUGAACGUUUGGGGGUCGCGGUUCACGCCACAAGCUCAGACGAGUGGGCUUGCGGCUCUGAAUGCUGCUGCUAAGGCGGGUCUUUUUUUGUGUCGUUUCUAUCCACUCAGGGUAUAA